AUGGGGGCGGGACCUAGCUGCAACCACUGUGAUCCGGAUAAGCUGGAUGUUGAAGCAGCGAAGCCCAGCGUCGAGAUCCUUGAUAUACGCGAUGCGGUGCAGAGUAUGGAGGUUGGGCCCUACAAGAACUGCGGCCGUGACGAAGAGAAGCUGGGGGGUAGUGAGAGUGACGAAUCCGAGUCCCUACCUCGCUUGCAUGUCGACAAGAUCCUGACGGUGACCAGCAAUGAGCUGAUGCGAGGCAUCUCCAUGAAGGAAACCCUACAGAGUUGGGGACGCCUCUGGCGGCAAUCCCCGAUCGAUCUACCGGAGAAGGAGAGAGCUAGCCUGUGGACUCGUUCCAGACAGGUUGCCAAGUUCCACAUAUUUCUGUCGCACACGUGGGCCACCGACGGGCGUUGGAAGUACUUGGCACUCAGUUUCCAGCACGCCUGGCCUUAUGUUCUGCUCACUUGGCUGCUGGUGCUGGUGGUUGUGGAGCUCUUGACUUGUCUGGCCCUGGUACCGGCGAUGGGCACGGUCAGUUUCAGCUACCAGGGUUUCAGGCAAGAGUGUCCUUUCAGUGGCCUUGGCCUGUUGGUAGCGAUGCCAGUGUCUGUCCUGACGUUCUUCCUUGCUCCGUACUUCCCAGACAUCGGGGACAACAAGGACUCCUGCUUCCUCGAUGUGGUCAGCAUCAACCAAGGAGACGUCGGGAUGAUGCGGCAGGGAAUCUAUGGGCUCGGUGGCUUCCUGAGCGCGUCCAAGGAGCUGAGGAUCCUGUACUCAGCGCCCUACCUCACCAGGUUGUGGUGUGUCUUCGAGCUGGCUGCAUUUCGGAAGGCCAACCCCUCCGGCAGGAUCCGCUUUGCUCCUUUGUUCGUGGAAACUGCGGUCGCCUCUGUCUGGCUGGGUGCCACAGUGGCCCUUGUCAUCUAUGUUCUCGUGAUCGCCACCCUAGGAUUGGAGAGUCUCAUUACUUUGUUGGUUGCCCUGGUUCCCUUCUUCGUCGUCUUCCACCUGCUCCGGAAGAACUUGUCUCAAAAGCGCCAGGUCUUCUACGACCUUGCCACCUUCGAGCUCUCGGCCGCGGGAUGUCGGAAGGCCAGCGACCAGGAGUUCAUCUACGCCGCCAUCGAGAACUGGUACGGAAGCCUAGACGCCUUCACGGCCCAUGUUCGAGGGCCUCUUCGUGACGAGCUGCUGGCGAAUCACUUGGGCACUGGCCUUCCGUGGAACUAUGCUCUGCUGAUCGCGACCCCAAUGAUGACGCUAGGAAUGGACGCUCUGGCAGCCCAAGUGCGAGGAGGGGCUCCCAUUCACAAUUUGGUGUCCUACGGCUCCGGGGUGAGCCUUGGACUCUUUGGUUUAUGGUGGAUCAUCGGUGCGCAGUUCGCGAUGCUUCUGGCUGGCCGGUUCCCAUUGCCAAAAAGCAUCAUAUUCGGACUGGCACAGUCUCUGGUGCUCUACGCCGUGUACUUGGCGUUCAUCUUCUGCGGAGUCUACAUCGGGCGUUGGGCGUACAAAGACAGCGUGGCCGCAUCACUCGCAUGGUGUGCUGCAGCUGGUAUGAUAGCUUGGCUGGCCAGCGGUGGACUAAAGGUCUGUCAGUCAGCCUUCUGCCGUCGUUCCCCACUAUCGGUUUAA